GCGCGCAUGCGCAGUGAGCGCGCGGCACGGGAGGAGACGGAACGCAGCCAUGACGGCGACUCUGCGGCCCUACCUGAAUGCGGUGCGUGCCACGCUACAGGCCACACUCUGCCUGGAGAACUUCUCCUCGCAAGUCGUGGAGCGGCACAACAAGCCCGAGGUGGAAGUGAGGAGCGGCAAGGAGCUGCUGCUGCAGCCCGUGAUGAUCAGCCGCAACGAGAAGGAGAAGGUCCUCAUCGAGGGCUCCAUCAACUCCGUGCGCAUCAGCAUCUCCGUGAAGCAGGCCGAUGAGAUCGAGAAGAUUUUGUGCCACAAGUUCAUGCGCUUCAUGAUGAUGCGGGCGGAGAACUUCUUCAUUCUACGGCGCAAACCUGUGGAGGGCUACGACAUCAGCUUCCUCAUCACCAACUUCCACACGGAGCAGAUACAAGCACAAGCUGGUGGACUUCCUCAUCAACUUCAUGGAGGAGAUCGACAAAGAGAUCAGCGAGAUGAAGCUGUCCGUCAACGCCCGCGCUCGCAUAGUGGCCGAGGAGUUCCUAAAAAACGUGAGGCUAUCACCGAGACCCCUCACUGAGACUCACCAUCACCG